AUGGCAUUACCAAUAUUCACCAACAACACAAAAAAGAUGCCGUCUCCUCCACAGUCUCCUCCUCCAACAGCAACAUCUGUCUACCAUGCCCUCUUGACGCCGCAACGACUUGCCGCAUUGGCCGACUGCGACAAGAAUCUCGUUUCCUACAAUCCACAGAGUUUCUUGCUCGUCUUUCGCAUCCGGGGACGUCGAUUUGGCAUGAUCCUCUUGCCCUUGGUUGCACUACUACUAUGGGAUUUGGCAUGGAUCUUUUAUCUCAUUGGAAUGGAGGAUCCCUUGGAGAUUGCCGAAACCUUACAAGGCUUGGAAUCCUUAAUUACACCCAUUUUGACGCCAGUCUCGUUCUUGCUCGUCUUUCGACUCGGACGAGCUGCUGUGAGAUAUUGGGAUGCGAGAGCGGCCAUGGGGAAAAUGGUAGAAGUCUGUCGGACACUAGCAUCCACGGCAUUGAUGGGGUGUCGUCAUCAACAACCACAAUGUAAUGAUGAUGAUGACAUGGCACAAGAGUUUGUCCGAUGGAUUGCGGCAUUUCCCAUGGCCGUCAAGAACUUUUUGCGACCGUGGGAAGGCCUCGAUUGCAAUCGAAGACAGGAAAUUGGUAACAUUUUAUCCGUUCCCGAUCGAGUCCGAUUUCUCCAUGCCAAGGGACCCAAUCAAUAUGCUCCCAUUUUGGUCCUCAACGAAUUGCGACAAUUGGCCUUUCAAGUAUCCGACACAAGGCAACAACAACAUUCCAUGCUAUUUCGACAACUCAACGAACAAAUCGAUCUGCUCACGGGUGCCUGGGGAGCCAUGGAACGUAUCAAUGGAACGCCUCUGCCAUUUGUCUACGUGGUACAUUUACGAACCUUUUUACUCCUCUAUCUCUUCCUCUGGCACAUGCAAGCCAUUGCACAGAGUGGAUCAUGGAUUGCAAUAUUGCCACUGCAGUUGGCCAGUUGGGGUUUGUUGGGGAUCGAAGCGGCGGCGGUGUGUUGCGAACGACCGUUUCAGUGGGAUUCCAAUCACUUGGCAUUGGGCAAAGCGUGUAUUGUGGUGUCAAGAAAUCUUGCACAAACCAUGGAAAAUUUUGGAAUGACGACGACCCGUGUGGUACCAACAAAAGCACACGACAACAGCAUGGCUCACAAUCAGGCCAAAGUCGACAAAUUGUCACCUACAAAGAGUUCUUUAUUAUUACCAAUCACUGAGCCUGGUGGUAAGGAAUCAAAUUCGAAAUCGGCUGUUCCAGGGGAGGAGCCCCAAGAUGUGGUGGCAUAA